AUGGAUUCACCGUUGAAGCAGAUUGUAUGCCGUAACUUUCCUUUGAUGCCUAUUGCGGAUCGAGUGGUUGGAACCAAAAGAGUCUUACACAAAUGGAAAGCUGCUGCACAAUGGUUCAUUAGUUUGACACUGAAGGGGAGUUGGAUUCGGGAGCUAUUUCCUCAAUACUAGAUAAAUUCACUAUAUUAAAGGUGUACAAUGCUAUGAUAAAGCCAUUAUGGAUGCGAAACCCAGACCAUAACCAGCACUCCAGAAAGAAGUAUUGAAUGAUUAGAGAGAAAAAUCCUAAGCGAGCUUGCAUCAU